AUGGAGGGCAAGAUGUCAAGAAACAAGGAAUUCUGCGAAAGUUACAAACAAUUUUUGAGAGAGUAUGAACAACAAGGUCACAUGUCUCUAGUUACAAAACACAAUGAAGAACCAUCGUGCUAUCUCCCUCAUCACGGUGUGUUGAAAAUUGAGUCGACUACAACUAAGCUUCGAACCGUCUUCAAUGCAUCCUCGAAAACAUCAACCGGGCGCAGUCUCAACGAUUUAAUGGAGCGCGGUCCUAAUCUACAAAAGGAUCUACAGCAUCUCAUCUUGGUAUGGCGUCAACACAAAUACGUUAUAACCGCUGAUAUCGAGAAGAUGUUUCGCCAAAUAAAUAUUCGUGAACCCGAUCAACAUUUACAACGCAUUAUAUGGAGGAGCACACCGUUGGAACCACUAAAGGAGUAUCAGCUUACAACUGUUACCUACGGGACAAAGGCGGCUCCUUACCUGGCAAUGCGCACUCUAAAACAGCUGGCCUUGGACGACGCGCAUAAGUUCCCCUUGGCUGCUGCUGCACUGAUGUCGUCAUUCUACAUGGAUGACCUACUUGAAGGCUGUGACGAAAUAUCUCAAGCUAAACAACUGCAACAAGAGAUUAUCGACAUACUCAAGGGAGCUGGAAUGAAUAUUCGCAAGUGGUCCAGUAAUACUCACGAACUCAUUGAAGAUUUGGCAGCAGAACAACUAGAUGCGCCACUCGACUUCAAGAGCUCUGAGAACAGAAAAACCUUGGGCCUACGUUGGAACCCUACUUCGGACACCUUCUCAUUCAAAAACAUAUUUCAACAAGAAACAACUGACAACACAAUAACAAAGAGACAGUUGUUAUCAGAGAUCUCUAAGAUCUUCGACCCAUACCUAGGAGAUAAAAACAAAUAUUCAGUACAUGGCUUCUGCGACGCGUCAGAAAAAGCAUACGCCUGCGCUGUAUACGUCACUACUACAAAUUCUAAGGGCGAAGUCACAUCGACGCUUGUGACUGCAAAGACAAAAUUGGCACCUUUGAAAAAUAAGUUAUCUCUACCUAAACUGGAACUUUGCGGCGCGCUCUUACUAUCACAGCUCAUAAAAAAGGUAGUUGAAACAUUACCACAGCAAGCUAUAAUAUACGCAUGGACCGAUUCCAUGGUGGUACUUGGUUGGCUCAAUGGAGACAUCAAUAGAUGGAAAUUGUUCGUUGCCAACAGAGUUCGAACAAUACUUACCGUCAUCCCAUCAUCAGCUUGGCAUCACGUCCGAUCUGAAGAUAAUGCAGCAGAUUGCGCUACAAGAGGACUGACAUCGCUACAGUUGUCAGAACAAACCUUGUGGUGGCAGGGCCCCCAUUGGUUGGUUACAUUUGAUCCGAACAGUAUCAAAGAUAACACAUACCAACCACCUGCGUUAGAAACCAAGAAAUCGAAUGUGAACGUGGCCUUAACUUAUAAAAACGAUUUAGUUGUACAAUUAUUACAUGAGUGCAGCUCGACACUACGCAUGGCAACAACAAUCGGCUGGCUAUCACGUUUCACACAGUGGUUGCGCAAUAAACAAAUACCACGACAAAGUUACCUAUCCACGACGGAAAUGCAAUGCGCCCUCAAUUUGAUUAUAAAGACUGUUCAAUCAAUGGAAUUUGAAGACGAGAUUGAACAACUUCAGAAUCAGAAUAAAGUCAAGAGUUGCAGUAAAUUGGCGAGCCUUAACCCUUACAUCGACCCUCAUGAUGGAUUGCUUCGGGUAGGCGGGAGAUUAAACAACUCGUCACUUAGUCAAUCAUCAAAGCAUCCGAUAAUAUUAUCAAGUCACAGCAAAUUUACCGAGCUUAUUAUACAACAGGCUCACACUGUCACGCUACACGGCGGACCAAGCUUGACACUGUCUUACAUACGAGACAAAUAUUGGAUACUAAGUGGGCUUCGGACUGUAAAGAGAGAGCUACGCAAAUGUGUUAAAUGUCGGCGAUUCAAGGAAGAGAAAAAGACGCAGAUGAUGGCGGACCUACCACAGCCCCGUGUCACACCCUCGCGCCCUUUCACACAUACUGGAGUUGACUUCACCGGUCACUUUGACAUCAGAGCCAACAAGGGGCGUGGUGUGCGAACACAUAAAGGAUACGUGGCGGUCUUCGUCUGCUUAGCAACAAAGGCCGUUCAUUUGGAAUUGGUGUCUGAUCUUUCCACACCUGGGUUUCUGGCUGCAUUUCGACGUUUUUGCGCUAGAAGAUCAGUACCUAAACACAUGUACAGUGAUCAAGGAAGAAACUUUAUUGGAGCGAAUAAAGUAUUGAAAAAGGAAUACAAGGAGGUACUGCAAACAAUCGACAUACAACUACUAAACAAGGCUACUGAUUACGAAAUUCAGUGGCACUUCAACGCGCCAGCUUAUCCCUCAGCUGGUGGCCUUUGGGAGGCCGCUGUUAAAAGUUUGAAACACCAUCUACGACGAGUGAUGGGAGAACAAAGGCUCACAUACGAGGAGUUCAUCACACUUCUUCAUCAGAUUGAGGCCUGUCUCAACUCGCGGCCCCUACUGGUUGUGAGUGAAAGCCAAGAUGAUGAGUAUCUUUCACCGGGACACUUCCUAGUUGGUGGACCGCUUAUAACACGUCCACAAACGGAUCCCGAACAAGUGAACUUGACCACAAGAUGGCAGAUGGUCCAGGCAAUGAAUAAACAAUUCUGGAAGAAAUGGUCAUCUGAUUACCUACAACAACUUCAAGUUCGUUCUAAGUGGAUAACACCCUCAAAAAACAUUGAAGUGGAUGAAAUCGUUCUAAUCAAGGACGAAAACCUGCCGCCUGGCAAGUGGGCAAUGGGCAGAGUAAUCGAGGUACAUCCGGGCAAGGACGGAUACGUCCGUGUGGUAUCCGUAAAAACUAAAAAUGGGAUUAUGAAGAGACCUAUUUUAAAAUUAACAACCUUACCCGUGAAAGAUGAAUGUACACAAAAAUCAACAAAUGACGCUCAAACACCGACAUGUGAUGACGUCACAACCGCCGACGCGCACUCAAACCAACGACAAAGGCGUGCGACGAGAAAAUCUACAGCUUCAUUUAUUACGAUGGCGAUGAUGCUGUUCAUGGCCUUCUUCAUACCUGCACAGUGCUCAUACAACAUAUCAACAUUUGACGACCACCAAAAUAUUUAUUUCGAUAAGAUGUAUGAGAUGAAUCUUAUUCGAGAUGAAUGGAAGUUAAUCGUGUACUAUAACAUGAGUACCUACUGGUCAGCAUUACAUCACGUGGAGAGUUACGUCAAUCACUUAGAAGAGUACCUACACACUGCCAUGCUGCCAACUCAAUACAAAAGCAUCAUGAUGAGUAUCUUUCACCGGGACACUUCCUAG